AUGGCAGCUGCUUUCCUUCGACAGCUGAACCAGCUCCUCCAGACCCAGCAGCCCAUCAUGGGAGAUCAAUGGACUUCUCUCUUGGCUGCUCAGAGCGAGGUCGCCAUCAGAACGAUUCGUCAAAGCCACAUCACAGUCGAGGAGGGUGCAGAGAUCUGCAGCUUGGUGCAGCAGGGCCUUUGGUCACACGAGCAGAAGCAGGCCCUGGGUGCAGCCGUCUCCCAGACCUUGGCAGGCAGCACUCCAGCAAAUGCCAAGGCCAAGAAGAAGAACCAGGAAAUUCUCAACUUCUGGGGUUUCUUGGGCGCCGAGGACCGGAGAGUUUUGUCCAGCGACGACACCCUCGUCAUGAGGCUGACUCACACUGCUCAGAUAAUGGCUCGACUGGAGAUGUUCUGGCCAUCAGAACAGUCUGUGGGACACAUCAUCAAGACCCUGCAGAGUUGCAACAAUACUGGCUUGCAGAGCCCCGACGAGUUCCAUUCGGCUGUCGUGUGCCUCAAGAAGAAGGUGAAGACCAUGCUCAAAGAUGCUUCCUGUGGCGAGUUCGUCGCCAAGUACACUCGGCCUGAGGAUCUUCCACCACACACCCGAGAUCGCUUCGCAGAUGCCUUGGGAGGUGAGCUGCCUGGAACAAUGGUGCUGGGCCGUGAUGCUCUUCGUGGCAGUAACAAAAGCCUCUCUUUCCACAAGAGCAACACUGCCAUGGUGCUGGGUGGUCCAGCAGCAGGCCCGGCAAUGCACAUGCCCCACACCAUGCAGGGUAUGAUGCAGUUCUGGGGCAGCAUGGCAGCUAACAUGUUCAACCAGCAGCAGCAAUUGGCGAAGAAGAACGAUGGAUUGCCUGGGUUGAAAAUCUUCGGCGACCCAGCUGCUGCCGCCUCGUCUGGGACGAUGGCCUCCUCGCCUGCUCAACAGCAGGCCUUGCAGCUUCCUACAGUUACCAAUGAACCGGCACAGGGCAGCGGAACAAAGCAGGCCGAGCAACAGGGAGUGCUGGCCAGCAAGGAUCCUGUCAGUGCUGCACAACAUGCAGAUGAAAUGCUUCAAGCUUGGAAGGGCGACAACAAAGGGUUCGACAGCACCGUCGAGGCCGAGGCCAAGGAAAACGAGGCGAAGCACAAGGCAAAUAAGAAGCCCAAGGCUGCAGCCAAGGCCAAGGGUAAAGCCAAGGCCAAGGCUAAGGCGAAGGCCAAGUGCACGGCCAUGAAGUCCCAGCCCAAAGCAAAGUCGCAGCCCAAGGCGAAGGCCAAGGCUGCUUGCAAGGCGAAGGCGAAGUCGCAGCCGAAGAAGGUCCAGAAGGCUUUGCAGAAGUUCACUCGAGAAGAGGUCCGAUGCAUGACUUUGUCGGCUCGCAUCAAGCUGCGACCCAAUGGGUGUGCCAAGUGCCGGGAAAAGCCCGGUCUCAGUCAGGUCUUGCAGGAACUCAAAGAGCUGCCCGAGUUGCCAUCUGGGACGAGUCGCCGAACACUGAAGCGGGCCCGGGAUGAGAAGACUCGGAGCUACCAAACUGCUUAUGGCGAGAUCCUAUGCGACUUCAAGUGUGUUGCCGAAACUGGUGUGGAGUUUGAAUUUCCUGUCUUGAACCCAGCUGCAAUGCUUGCCUGGGCGACAGAGCGAUGUCGACCAUUUGGCGAGUUCCUGGAGAGGGCCAUGGAUGCCACACCCCCCAGCAUUCUUCAACCAUGGGGAUUGGUGUGGUAUUCCGACGAGCUGGCUCCGGGCAACCAACUCAAGCACUCCAACCGGAGAAAGGUCCAGGCUGUAUAUUGGAGCCUGCUCCCUUUGGGACAGCAUGCAAUGGGUUGCGAAAAUUGCUGGUUCACUCUCUGUGCCAUUCGCAGCUCUCUGGUCGCAGAUCUCGGCGGCAUGACUGUGCUCUUCAGGCAGCUAGCAGCCUUGUUCUUUGAGAGACCUGACUUCAGAAAAGGUCUUGUGUUGCAGUGCCCUGGACAAGCACGUAUGCUCUUUGCCGACUUGAAGAUCAUCAUAUCCGACGAAGCUGCAAUUAAGGCUACCCUUUUCAAUAAAGGAGCCAGUGGGCUCAUAUUCUGUGUUCAAUGCCAAAACGCCGUGGACCACAAAAGCAGCAUUGCUGAAAGGAGUCGGGGCAAUAUGGUGUCCGGCCUGGAAACCGACAUGAGUUGCUUUCGGAUGCACACACCCGAGUCUAUACGAGACACCAUGGACUUCUUGCGAAGGCAAGAGACGGUCCUCAACAAAGACAGAUUCCUGCAACUCCAAACAGCAAUGGGGUUCAAUUUCAAAGAGGAUGGAUUGCUGGCACAUGCAGCAUACGGGCCUCCGGUCAUCGAGUGUGUGAUGUUCGAUUACUUCCAUAUCUAUUUGGUCAAUGGCAUCUUCAAUGUUCUGACGGGGUUUUUUCUUGGAGAGCUUCACAACCAUGGCUGGAAGCACAAUGACAUUGAUCGCUUCGCAAAUGGUUUUACCUGGCCUUCUCGUUUGCGAGGUGCUGCUGCAAAGGAUAUCUUGCAGAAGCGAAAGCCAAGCGAAACCUUGAAGUGUGGAGCCAGCGAGGCUCUGAACUUUAUGCAGCUGCUGCGACUCUAUGUGCUAGUCUUUGUGCUGCCAAAUUGCAGCAGAGAUAUCCGGGACUCUUGCGAGGUUUGGUUGGCUUUGUGCAAGGUGAUUGAUGCUUUGCAAGCGAUCAAUGCCAAACCUUCAGCAUUUACCCCCCUGCAGUUGCAGCAGCUCAUCAAAAGGCAUCUCGAUCUGGCGAAAAGUCGGUAUGGAGAUGAGUGGUGGGUGCCAAAGUGUCACUUGGCAGGCCAUUUGGCGCUGCAACUGGCCAAGCAUCAGGUCCUCCUCAGCUGCUUUGUGCACGAAAGAAAACAUAAAAUCAUCAAAAAAAUUUCGAAUGAAAUUUUGGAUACAAGCAGAACCUUUGAGAGGAGCAUCCUACAAGAUGUACUCCAUGGUCACAUGGAAAGUCUGGCAGAGGGUGUAUACCUCCCAGGCCAAGGAGUUCGCUUGGUCGACCCUGUGAGACCAGCUCCUGCCAGAUUGCAAACAGAGAUACACAACACGAUCCGGGUCCAGGGUGAAGUCUUCACAGCCAGGCAGGCAGUGCAUGGAGGAAACUUCACCGUGGCUGUCGGCGACUUGGCCUUGAUGGAUCUGGAUGGGGUCACUGCCGUAGGCAAAGUGGCUUAUCAUGUAAUGUGCGAGAAAGUUGUAUGGUCGCACAUUACCUUCUGGACACAUGUCCAUGGCUGUAUGUAUGAAGUCUCCGACGAUUGUGGCCUCGUGCAAACCCGACUGAUCCGGGCCACAUGCCCUUACAGCAUUUCGGGCAAUGCUGCCAUUGUCGCAGUCCCGCAGGUGUAA